ACUCAAGUCUUGUAUCCGACCCGUGCCGUCUCUAAUAUCAGUCCACUUCAGUCCUCCUCUUUCUCGAAUUCAGACAUUGGCACCGUCGUAAUCGGAGGAUACCAGAGUAAAAAACGAUCGAAACAGCCGACGAAGAUGGAGGAAGAUCAUGGAAACAGCAACAGUAGUAUAACAGUGGAUACAACAAAAUGGGACAGAUCAGUGUGGUUAAUGAAGUGUCCUUUAGUUGUCUCCAAAUCAUGGCAGUCUCAAGCCGCAGCUUCAUCUUCCUCCUCAGAUUCCCCGCAAGUUGCUAAAGUUAUUGUCUCUGUUGAUCCUCUUCGCUCCGAUGACUCAUCUGCUCUACAAUUCACUAUGGAGAUGGGUGGAAAUGAUGUUGGGAAUAUGCCGAAAAGUUACUCCUUGAACAUGUUCCAAGACUUCGUCCCAAUGUGUGUGCUCUCAGAGACAGGUCAAGGAAGAGUUACCAUGGAAGGAAAGGUUGAACAUAAGUUUGAUAUGACACCUCACACUCGUAACAUGGAGGAGUACAGGAAAAUGUGUCGUGAAAGGACAAAUAAGUCAAUGAUCAAGAACAGACAAAUACAGGUCAUUGACAAUGAUCGUGGAGUCAAUAUGAGGCCCAUGCCUGGGAUGAUUGGCAUGAUUGCAUCCAGUUCUAAGGAUAAGAAGAAAGCAGUUCCUGUUAAGGGACCGGAAGUCAAGAGAACUAGAAGGGACCGUGGCGAACUGGAAGAUAUCAUGUUCAAGCUUUUUGAAAGACAACCUAAUUGGACUUUGAAGCAGUUAGUACAAGAGACAGAUCAACCUGCGCAAUUUUUGAAAGAGAUACUGAAUGAGCUUUGUGUGUACAAUAAAAGAGGAACAAACCAAGGAACAUAUGAAUUGAAGCCAGAGUAUAAGAAAUCGGUGGAGGAUACAGGUGCCGAAUGAAUUGUCCGGCUGUUUGAAAAGAAGAGUUUUAAUAGAAUUAGUGUCGUGAACGUUAUACCUCUUUCACCAGUUGAUAGGUGCUGUGGUAUGUUGUCAUUGUAAAUCAUGAAUGGAUGUAGAGCUAUGUGAUUGGAAUAUAUAUGGAACCCACUAAAUUACAGUAUUACACUAUCUCAGUUUUUUAUUUUCUGAUUUCUA